AAUCUCUUCACUUUCUACAUUCUAUUUUAAAUUACGCUUCUUUUCCUCUCUAGGAGCUGCUUCAUCCCUCUUGCUGUCUAGAGGUCUCUCUCUCUCUCUCUCUGUUAUUAUUUUGGGAAUGAGUAAAUGGUUUCUACGAAAUUGCCUGCAGCACUACGAUUCAGCUGAGUUUGAGCUAAGCCCCCUGGUUAGCUGAGUUGUGCACUAAUCCCGUUUAUGUGAUGUACUUGUUGUUCCUCGCCUUUGUUUUCAUAAAUUGUGAACACAAAGUGUCAUUCCUUUUAUCAAUUACUAUUGUUUAUCAUUUCUGGAAUAUUGAUAUUUUCUAGAUCGAUUUAUCAUUUUCUCACUUUUGGUCUGUUUUGCUAAUGAAAAUCUGUUCUGCCUAUUAUUGUUUGUUACUGCUGCUUAUGAAAUUGGCUGUUUGUGCAUGCUGAAAACACAACAUAAAGCUAUGAGGUUAGGGGAUCCACCUCUGGGGGCUAGGCCGCUAGUGAAGCCCCUCCCAUUUUUUGAGUUUUUUGUUUUUUGUUUUAAAUAUAUAUCAAAAAUAUAAGAGAGAAUAUAUGUAAUACAUUAAUACAUUGUUUUAAUAAUCAUAAUAUUCACGUUAAUUGCUUAACAUUAGUUUGUCAAAUUUUUGUUAUUUUUGUCAUAUUCAUCUUUUCUUAUUUAAUUGUCAAUGUUGAAUUUGAGCCAAUUUUCAAGUUAAAGUAAAGUUAUAAAUUAGUAUUACUUCUAAAAAUUAGUUUAUUUUUUUUAAAAGAUGAAAUAUAUAAAUAAAAAAACGCAUAAAGAUAUGUCUUUAUAUGUUUUCAAUGUACUUGUUGUUGAAUUAAUGAAAUGCGAACAACUAUUUAUUAAAUUAGGUGACUGAAUUUUAAUGUUAAAUCCAUUAAAAUUCUAUUUGAACAUAAAAAUGAAUUGUAUAAAAUACCCAAAAAAAAAUUGGGUCGAGUCCGGAUACCAUACUUCAACAAAUUCUAAAUCUGCCCCUGUCCACCUCUAUUUAAUUAGUAAUUCCCCCUCUAUCUAUAUAUAUGUAGUAAUGGUAAGACCAUAAAAUGGAUAGAUGAUUCUUGGUUGGAUUCUGCCAAGUGCCAAUAACUCUCCACAUUCCUCCUCGUUUGAAUUUCAGCAAUGAACAUAACUUGAGAUUAGGAUUUCCUCUGCUAUUUCAUUAGUAACUCCUAUAUAUAUAUAUCUGAUAAUCAAAUAAGAUCAAUUACUUGCAUUGUCACAAUGGUUAACCCGAGCUCCUUAAAUGCAGUCAUUCCUAUACAUCCAUACUUUGCCAUAUUGAUACUCUAAAUCAAAACUUGGUUGUGCAAAUGUCUCAGGUGCUAAAAUGUCGACCAUCACCAUUCCUUCACCUUCCCUACUCAUCAAAUCACCAUCGCCAAAACGCCAAAACUCUGCCUCAUUAGGCUCCGUGAAGGGCGUUUCAAGCGCCUUUGGCCUGAAGCCGCGGCCUUCUUUCAGAGCCCGUGCAAUGGCCGUGUACAAAGUGAAGCUAAUAACGCCCGAAGGCGAGCAGGAAAUCGAGGCCCCCGAUGACCAAUACCUUCUCGAUGCUGCAGAGGGAGCAGGCAUUGAGUUGCCUUACUCCUGCAGGGCUGGCUCCUGCUCCACCUGCGCUGGCAAGCUCGCCUCUGGCUCAGUCGACCAGUCGGAGGGCUCGUUCCUCAGCGACGAGCAGAUGGAGGAGGGCUAUGUCCUCACCUGCGUUUCCUAUCCCAAAUCGGAUUGUGUCGUUUAUACUCACAAGGAAGAGGAUGUCCAUUGAUACAUUGCUUUUCACUUUCCACAUCAUUUCUUCACUUUGCUCUUGCCAAAUUUGUACUAAUCACAGGAUCUCAAUUGUGACUCUUGUUCUUAAUGCUUUCAUUUUUGUUGUGUUUGUGAAUCUACCAAUUUUCUGCUUCAA